AAGUGGGGCGGGGAUACCAGCGCGACGGACCGCGGUGGACGGAAGUGGCUGUGGGAGGCUUUAAGGUAGCUUUAAAUUGCUGCUGCUCUGGGAGCUCGCCCCUUUCGGCUGGAGUCGGGCUCUGCGGCGCCGAAUGGCUCUGGACGUGAAGUCGCGGGCGAAGCGCUAUGAGAAGCUGGACUUCCUUGGGGAGGGGCAGUUUGCCACGGUUUACAAGGCCAGAGAUAAGAAUACCAACCAAAUCGUCGCCAUUAAGAAAAGUAUCACAGCCAUCAGCUUCACCAGAUAUAGUCCAAUUGCUCUCCAGAAUGAUUGGACCAGUUUACUGUCCCACCACAUUCUCAACAUCAUUUGCAUUGUCAGACUUUAAAACAUUUGUCAAUUACGUAGAUUGAAAAUGAUCAAACUUGGACAUAGAUCAGAAGCUAAAGAUGGUAUAAAUAGAACAGCCUUAAGAGAGAUAAAAUUAUUACAGGAGCUAAGUCAUCCAAAUAUAAUUGGUCUCCUUGAUGCUUUUGGACAUAAAUCUAAUAUUAGCCUUGUCUUUGAUUUUAUGGAAACCGAUCUAGAGGUUAUAAUAAAGGAUAAUAGUCUUGUGCUGACACCAUCACACAUCAAAGCCUACAUGCUGAUGACUCUUCAAGGAUUAGAAUAUUUACAUCAACACUGGAUCCUACACAGGGAUCUGAAACCAAACAACCUGUUACUAGAUGAAAAUGGAGUUCUAAAACUGGCAGAUUUUGGCCUGGCCAAAUCGUUCGGGAGCCCCAAUAGAGCUUAUACACAUCAGGUUGUAACCAGGUGGUAUCGGGCCCCUGAGUUACUAUUUGGAGCUAGGAUGUAUGGUGUGGGUGUGGACAUGUGGGCUGUUGGCUGUAUAUUAGCAGAGUUACUUCUAAGGGUUCCUUUUUUGCCAGGAGAUUCAGACCUUGAUCAGCUAACGAGAAUAUUUGAAACUUUGGGCACACCAACUGAGGAACAGUGGCCGGACAUGUGUAGUCUUCCAGAUUAUGUGACAUUUAAGAGUUUUCCUGGAAUUCCAUUGCAUCAUAUCUUCAGUGCAGCAGGAGACGACUUACUAGAUCUCAUACAAGGCUUAUUCUUAUUUAAUCCAUGUGCUCGAAUUACGGCCACACAGGCACUGAAAAUGAAGUAUUUCAGUAAUCGGCCAGGGCCAACACCUGGAUGUCAGCUGCCAAGACCAAACUGUCCAGUGGAAACCUUAAAGGAGCAAUCAAAUCCAGCUUUGGCGACAAAAAGGAAACGAACAGAUGCCUUGGAACAAGGAGGAUUGCCCAAGAAACUGAUUUUUUAAAGAGAACAUUAGACAACAUUUUACUACUGAAAGAAAUAGUCAAAAAGGCAAAUAAUAGAAAAAUAGUAAGCAUUAAGUGAUUUUGUAGAAGUGAUUUUGUAAAUAUUCUACACAUGUAAAAUAUGUAAAACUAUGGGUUAUUUUAUUAAAUGUAUUUUAAAAUAAAAGUUCUGUUUUUUUCUGA